AACCCCCAACCCCCCUUCCCCCUUUCCUGUCUCACCUCACCUCCCCCUCCCUGCUCUGGCUACAGACGGAGAGAGUUAUGCAGUCCUUCCGUGAGCGCAGCGGUGGUUACCACAGCAACCAACCCUGCUACCAGCAGGAGCCCCAUGAAUUAUCCCGCCUGGAGACGUAUCGACAACACCCUCAUCAUCCCCACCCCCAGCACCCGCACCCAGGUCCAGGUCCACAUCCGGGCCCAGGCCCUGGGCACCCUAGGUCAAGUUAUGAAGCCCAUUCCCUGGCAAAUCCUACAAGCAUGCCCCCAGCUGGAGGACCAGGAAUUGGAGGAGGACCCAAGGACUGUUACAGCCAGCAAACUUAUCCUGGUUACCCUGGCAAUACUGGAGGAACUGGAGGUGGAAAUGGGGGCCCAGCAUCCUCACAGACAAAAAAAUCCUUCAGAGGGAACAAAGUGCCACCACCAAACCCCACUCAGCACCUGCAGGGUCCUGGGGGUUACAAUAACCACAUGGGCCCGGGUAAUUACUCUGCCCAGUAUGUGAGUGAAGGUCACCUUCAGCAGAAGUGGGAGGACCCAGCUCAAUUAGCACAGUAUGACCAGGACAUAGUGGGACGGUUGGAGGCUACUGGUACCCCUGCGCCAAGUUCUUCACAGUACAUUGACCACAACAUGCUGGGGCACUCCCAAACUCAAUGCCACCAGCCCUCAACCCCUGCCUAUACUAGUCCCCACCACCAGUCCCAUCCCAACCCUGCACCCUCACCUCUUAUGUACCCCCAGAGUCAUCUGCACUACCCGCAGCACUCUCCCUCUCCAGCACCAUAUAUGGAAAAGUGCAGCCCGAUGCCUCAUUGUUAUAAAGGUUACAACAUACCACCAAAUUCCCAGUAUGGCAGACAGAUGAGCAGCCACAGCAGUCUGAAACAGGCAGGUUACAGGUCAACCCCAAACAGUUAUGGCUACCAGCAGCCUUCUUCUCGAGGCUAUGAGCCGCAGCCUCCUUUACAGGGUAUGACCAACCCCCAGGAACCUCACUCUAAAUACCAACACUACAGCCAACCUCAACAAAACUACUGUCUCUCAGAUCUGCCUGUGAGAUCACCAGAACAGUAUUAUCAAACUUGCAGUCCAUCCUCAAGCCACUCCCCAGCACGCUCUGUGGGGCGCUCCCCGUCAUACAGUUCCACCCCUUCGCCACUUAUGACAAAUCCAGAGUCCUUCCAGUAUGGCCAACCACCUAUGACCCCUGGGGCAGCUUCCUCUUCCUCAUCCUCUUCAACUGGCAUGCAGGAACAAGCCAACACCAACACUAUGUUGAUGCCCCCUCGCUCACACCCUUCACCCAGUGUAUCACAUGCAGUCUCCCACAGCUACACUACUACACAGCAGGUCCCCACUAUGAAAGAACGCUUCUCAGAAAAGCUAUUAUCAAACCCUAGCUUGUGGAGUUUAAAUGCCCUCACCUCUCAGGUGGAGAAUAUCUCCAAUAAUGUCCAGCAACUGCUACUCUCAGAAGCCCUGGUUGCGAAUAAGAAAGGGAGUAAGCGCAACAGCGGUGGGAGCAACAGCAGUGCCGGAAGUGGAGCAUCAUCGAAAAAGGGCGAAGAAUACAAAAGUCCUCCAUAUACAGAGGGGAGUGGCAAUGUUCCAGCAGGCCCCAUACAGGACCCUUACUCUACUCCACAACACCAGCAGUUGCCCAUGGAACUUCACGAGGGGGGCUACUCCAGUAGCAGCGAUGAACCACUAGACAGGGGCUACUACUACUUUGGCCAAGGCAGAAGUCCAGCCCAGGCCCUGAACAACACACAACUGAGCCUGGACACAGCUUCUUCAUGCUCCAUGGCAUCUCCAGAUGACAUGUCUACCAGGUCUGGUGACUCCGGUCUGCACAACCUUACACCAGAACCGAGUAGAUGUCAGUCAGGACAGGGAGGAGAUGGCAUGAGUACUCCAGUGAAGAGCAUUGGUGAUGAGAGGUCACCAACAAGUAUUACAAUACCCAGUCCUAUGAAACAAGAAAGAGACUCUCCCGCAGACAUACAGCAUAUCAAUGAGCCUGUCAAAGAGAAUUUUGAGGAAUCAGCCUGGACAGAGAAACCAACUGAUAAAGAGGAAGUGACAACACAACAAACUCCUGAUCAUGAGACGGAUUUAGACACAACUAAAUCUGCAGAAGACAUAGAAAAAUGGUCAGAUGAAGACAAAACCCCAGUUGUUUUCAGUAAAGUAAACAUAGAGAUGAGUGAAAAAAACUAUUGUUAUGAGGAGACAGCUUUCCAAGGGGACCAGGAUAAAUAUGAUCCUGAUGUAGGAGAUUUAGUGGAGCAGUCCCCGGCGGCUCUUUCUGAUUCCAGCCACAAAGACAAUUUUGGCCAAGAGAUGAAAUCAGAGGCAUUUAAAUCAGAGUCUCCCACUGCAUCUGAGAGCUCAGCUAAAACAUUGCCUUUUAUUACAAGGGGUGACAUCGAACAUGAUCAGUAUUCCACAGAGAAAGAGGACAGUUCAGAGGACACCUCUCCAACCCCCCAAGUUGAGGGUUUGGAAGACAGCAACACUAAUAAAAGAGAGAGCAGUGAUCAGGGGAAUGACGAAGUGGAAGAGGAUGAAGGAGGAGAAGAGGAGGGAGGAGAUGAUGAGCCUAAUGAAGAGGAAAAAGAAGAAAUACAGAAACAAGAACAAUCUCUUUCUCCACCGUCAUCUUCAGAAGCUAGGGAGGAUCUGGAUGAGGGGGAUGAACUCAGCCACUCAUCAACUGAGGAACACAUGAAUAAUACAAGUGGGCCACAGAAAUCUUCUGGAGAACUUAGUAGCAGGACAGACUGUCAGGGUCCCGAGGUCCAUGCUGACAAUGAGUUUGCUGGAGCACCUGCUCAUCCGAAUGCAGCAGCUGCAACCACAGCAGCAGAUGCUUCUGCAAGAGAGUCAGCCAUUGGCGACACCGCCCCCCAACCUCAGUCGGCCAUGCCAGUGUUUUCCGCUCUCAAUGACAAAACAACACCUCCAGCUCAAACCAGGGAUCAUAUUGACCACAGUGAUGCUAAAGUACUGGAGCCAGACUCUCCUCAGCUGCCUGGAAAGUCAAUACUUCCCUCAGCGCCCUCCUGGGCUGACACUCCACCCUCGCCCAAAAAAGGGGAUGAGGACAUGGAACCAGGUAUCAGCUGUGCCAGUGCCGUGACCCCAUUGGCUAAGCCAGAGCCUGUGGCCCCAUCUGCUCAACCAAGGGCAUUUGGGCGUAAGCAUGCUAGGGGUAGAAGGAGAAUCAUGCAUUCAGGUGUGGGAAUCAGACGGGAGCUAAGCUUAGAAGGAGAGGGGAUGAAGGAAGAGGAGGGAGACCACACACCAACAAAGAAACCAAGUAUGCCUCCAAGCAAAACUGUGUUGUUUUCAGAGCAAACAGACCUUGCUCAUCAGGAAUCUAUUGUGAGCCAGACUCCUAAAAUGCUAACUGAUGGCUUUCGCUCAAGAAUGUGCACUCGUUCAUUUAAUGCUCCAGAUCUGCCACCCAAAGUUGAACCUCAUGUGAAAAGAAAACCAGGCCCAAAACCAGGUUCAAGACCUGGCCCCAAACCAAGCCCCAAACCUGGGCAAAAACCAGGAGCGAAACCAGGUCCAAAACCUGGACCCAAACCUAGCUUGAAGCCUGGACCAAAACCUGGACCUAAACCCGGGCCCAAACCAGGACCUAAACCAGCACCAAAACCUGUGCCAAAUGAACCAGAGCUACCGAAAAUUGAGACUCCUGCAAAGCGAAAACCAGGACCGAAACCUGCAUCAAAACCUGUCACGAAACCUAUAGCAAAACCAGUACCAAAACCAGUUCCUCUGAAGUCAGCUCCAAAGCCAGGUCCAAAGUCUGGACUCAAGCCUGCUCCCAAGCCUGAAGAUGUUUUGCCCACCCUUGACACUGCACCUGUCAAAGCCCCGGUGGGUCGCCCCAAAGGCUCGGUUUCAAAAGCAAAGGCAGUGCAACAGGAAGAAACAGUGCAACCUUUAACAGGAUUGCAAAGUAGGAGCAGAAAAAGCCUAAAAAUGACUAUAUCACAAGUCAGUCAGGACACAAAAACAAUACAGAAAGAAAAACAAGCACACCAUGAGGCAAAGGCACCAGAGAAGGAGAGCAACAAUAUGGUCUUGAGAUCAAGAAAGCCCUCACAAGAUAAAAUGUCGAAAGAAAAAGAAAAAAUCUUAGGUGAAGAUAUUAUAGCACAUACAUUGCCAGAAAUUAAAUCCAGCAAUGGUUCAAUAAAGGAAGAAGACCUCAAAGUUGUAGAGCAAAAACAAACUCCUAUCAUCAAUACUGGUAAAAAGACAAAUGUUUCAGGAGUCCCACCUGAAUCACCUACACCACCUGUCAUAACUGAGAAAUCAGAUGAAAAGACACCUCUUCCAGUAAAAAGAAAACCUAGCCCAGAUAUUUCUGCAACACCCAUAAAGAAAAAGAGGGGUCCAAAGCCCAAACCGAAACCAACUCAAUCUUCUGUGCCCGAUGAAGCAGUUCCUACAGCCAAGGAGAAAAAUGUCAGAGGUCCAAAAAGAAAGCGAGGGCCACCGAAAAAAGCUGCUGUGGUACCUACUCUAACCAAAGAUGCUCCUUCCAACAUCAGUGGUCCAGACAUCACCAGUGAGGUUCCACUCAUACCUCCGCAAUGCCCAACGAAAACAAAGGUUUUACCACCACGCAAAGGUAGAGGGCAGAAAUAUGAGGCCAUGGUGCAGAAGAUUACAUCUCCCAGUUCUAAGAAACACCCCCCAGUUCCUCAGCUAGAGAGCAGUCUAACUGAUGACGUGACAACCAAGGCAUUGUCUGAGCAAGUCCUAAAGGAAGGUGAGACAGCUAUGCUCAUAAAUAACACUGAAAUAACCGAGUCUGGACAAGAUCGCAUAAAACAGUACGAGGAAGUGGAGCAAAAAGAGCUGUUGACAGAAGAAAAGGAAAAGCAUGAAGAAAGUCAAGAGGCAUCACCACCCGAGGUGGUGACACAUGGAGUGGAAGCAGAGGUUGUAAAUAAGAAUAAGGCAAGACAAGAAAAUGUCAAACCGGAAAUGGAGCAGGAUGCUAUUUCUGAGAGGGCCUUGGGUUCAGCGGAGGACCCAGUGGCAGCCAGAGCUCCAAGUGACUGGACACAACAAACCUCAGAAGGUGAAUCUGUUGGCGCCGCAAAGUCUGCCAGAACUAAGAGAAAGAGAUGGGCCAUGGUGGAGAGCACAGAUGCGUCAGUCUUGGCCUUAGAAACAGGAAGCUUAAUAGUAACAACACCAAGGUUAGCCAAGCAGAGGGCCAUUAAAAACAACCAUGAGAUGCAUCUAAAACAGAGGAGGAAAAAGAGAAAAGGUCAAGCUCCUUCAGAAGAAACUGAGCCAGUUGAAGAGACAAAACCUGAACUUGAGGAACUACAGGCAAGCAUAGAGGAGAAAAUGAGCCCCAAAGAGUCAAUAGAACCAGUCCCCAUCAGUACAGAAGAGAGCACAGAAGCAGCACCACAGGUGACAAGUUCAGAAGUCAUUCAAAAACCUCGGAGAGGCAGAAAACCAUCUGCAAGUCCAUCCAAAAGAAAAAGAGGCAAAACCUCACCAGAACAAACUCCUGGAAAACCAGUGAAAGUUUAUAAAAAGCCUGGGCCAAAACCUGGAAUGAAAGAUGCUAUUGAGGUCAUAGAGGCAGUAGUGCGAGCGGCAGGAUGUGAACAAGACGAAAAAGAGGAAAGAGAAAAAGAAGCGAAGGGAAAAAAAGAACAAGACCCCACAGAAAUACAGGAGACCAGUGUGGUGGGCCCUGUGGUAACAGUAACAGAACAACGGACUGAGAUUAUUUCUGUUAAAAGAAUCAGGCGCAGGCCUGUCCAUCAAAACUCUAAACUGUCGUUUUGUCCCUAUGUACGUAUUAACAACUCAAGAGACUUUUCAUCAUGGUGUGCCAUAGUCAACAAGCCUGAGGAUGCUGUAAUAUUUCAGAGAAGAAGAAAAAAAGGCAUACUGAGAAUGAGGAAUCCUUUCACUGUUGCAAAAGUAGUGCCACACACCGCUGCCAUGCUACAGGGACCUACGGUAAAUAAAGACCUAUUUGGAAGGUGUCUUACAUGUAGUCUUUGUGGAAAGCCAGCAAACUAUCGAGACCUUGGGGAUUUAUGUGGACCCUACUACACAGAGGAUGGAGUUCCAAGAAAGAUUUUGACGUCAGUCAGACACACUGAACCUUUAAGAGUGGAAUCAGAUAAAAAUGAUGACAACAAGAGCAACAAUGAAGACCGAGACAACUCUCCAAACAAAGAGGGCGAAGGCAGCGAGGAAAAGGUGGAAAAUGCCGAAACAUCAAAUGAAGAAGGCAGUAGUGGCAGGCACCAUCACUGCCGGUACCGCCGCGCAGAAAGAACAGAGAGAUUGGGUCGACAGGGUGGUCCACGAAGAUUAACACUAAGAGAGAGGUUCAGGAGGAUGAGGCAGCUUCAGGCCCAGCGCAGUAGCACAGAGGCGGCGGGGGACCCAGAGGGCAAUGACAGCGUUUUCCAAAGGCUGCAAAUGGAAGCAGAGGCUAAGGAGCACUGGGCCCAUGAAAACUGUGCCAUCUGGACCAAGGGAAUAAUUAUGGUAGCUGGGAGGCUAUACGGACUGAAGGAAGCUGCCAAGAACUCAGCCCAAUCGAGCUGCUACAAGUGCCAGAUUGUGGGGGCGUCCCUCAGCUGCUGUUGGAGAGGCUGCUCUCAUAAAUACCACUAUGUCUGCGCCAAAGAGAUAGGCUGCACAUUCCAUGAAGAUGACUUCUCCAUCAAAUGUCCAAAACAUGAGGACCUGUAAGAUAUUCCUGUGUACCACCUUCACCACCAACACGACCUCUUCACCAAGCACCUCCUAUCCAGCCAAGACAGACGCCGUCCGCGCAGCCGCCUGUACCUAAAGACAUGGUGAGGACUGAUGACGGACAGGCACAUCAGCCCGUGGGGCAGAAGAGGGGGAGGGGUAAAAAAAAAAAAAGGCUGUAAUGAGGUAGAGCUGGGAGCAAUACGAACCCCGGAGAGAAGCUCUGCAGAGAUUCGCUGCUCCCUGAACCCAGCCGAGAAAUGUGUUUUCUCAUCCGAGCCCGUUUCUGCGAGGCAGAAGGCAGCGACAGAGUUUAACAGGUGGACAGGCUGCGAUUCUUCGACUGUGUGCCUAGAGCCUGGUGCACAUGGGAACUGUUUGAAAUGCGUGUGCUCUGCCUUCAGAUGGGUUGCUAUCAUAUUCAGACACCUGGCGGACACUGAUUGGACAGGAACAUCCCUCUGGCCACCUUGACUGUGGGCCAAAAGGUGCACACAUGAGCGCGUGUGCCAGUGUGUGUGUGCGUGUGUGUGCGUUUGAGUGCAAUAUCCAUAGCAUUAUCGUUCCACAACCGCAUCACCAGUGCGUUUCUGCAUAUAUGUGCCUGUGUGAAUGUGAAACCGUGCAUCUCCACCUCAAGGUGCGUACGUCGAAAAAAAAAAAGGAAGGGGAAAAAAAAAAGUUACAGCCAACCACUGGAUGUACUAUCCCAAUGUGUGUGUUUGUGUUUUAAAAGAAGAGACGACAUGAAACAGCUAAGGAAACUGUACAUGAUGACGUGCUUUACAGGUUCUCCAUAUUCUCAUAAUGAAGAGUACAGAAAAACAUGGACGCAGUAUUUUAUUAUGAUGCUCUUAUCUUCUGAGAUGUAUUUUGAUGUGCAUUAUGACUUAACAUCAUUGCGUCACCCUUGGUAUAUGUCAGGCUUUGUGUUCUCCAGAAAUUAAAAAAAAAAUAUAUCUAUAAAUAUAUGAAAACAAAAAAAAAAAAAAGGAAAAAAAAGAAGAGAACUCCGUUCAGGAGUCCGAUUCAACCGUGUGCACACUUAACAUGUACAGUAGAUGCCACCAUCAUCACUGGACAGGUCGCUGAUGAGGGCUCGAACACAAGUCAGGUCAUCCCACGUCAUAUCGAUGUACAGCUCAGAAGUAUUAACUGUUAAAAACACUUCGAUGACGUAUGAUUAUUUCACAUGCCAUAGCCACGCAGAGAGACAUGCAUUCAACUCAGAUCCCAUAACCCACCUGUCUGUUUGUGUAUCUAAAAUGUAGCCUCUUUUCACUCUGCCAUGCUAUAUUACAAUGCCCCGUGCAGGGCGUCAGAUAAAGUACUGGUCAUAUCAAAAAGGAGACAUAUUUAAGUAUUAGAGAGCAUUAAAAAA